UUUUCAAAAAGCCUCAGUUCAUUGAUUGCAUUUUCAGUGGUUGGGAGCUCAGUAUAUAAGCUCAGCAAAAGGCUGUUGAUCACAUUGCAUAGGCAGAAGGAGUAGAGCUGAGAACAUCAGACAUCACACAGACAGAAGACAAGAUGUUUAUGCAAAGACAGACAUACCUGGAGAAGGCCCUCCUCUCAGCACUGACAGUGUUGCUUCUACUGACUACAGCAGGACAAUCUGCAGUGCUGGGUGACAACCUCCAGACCACAGCAGCUCCUGCUCUGUCAAACUUACCUCUGAGCACACAGCUCAACAACAGCAGUAUGGAGGAACCUCAGGUUCUGCGCUCACACAGAUCAUGUGGAAGUGAACAUGAAAACUACUGUGAAAACGGUGGAGAGUGCAUGUACCCCCAAGACAAUGACAAACCUUUUUGCAUCUGCACGUCUUCUUACAGCGGGCCUCGCUGCCUGUUCUUCAGUGAUCACACUCGCACUCUUCCCGAGUUGGAGGAACUGAUUGGCAUCAGUUUUGGAGUAGUCAUGCUCUUCUUUGUCCUGGCCAUCAUAAUUUACUGCUUUGCCUAUAAGAGGUGUAUAAAAUCAGCUCCGCUAAUGAAAUCUGCACCGUCUGAGUCAUCAGUGUGACCCCCACAACUCACUCUUCAUCAUCUUCAUCAGUGUCGCCGCCAUUUGCCUUUUUUGUGUUAAAUGGUCAGAUAUUAAUCACUUCAUUGUCCUUUAAAGAAUGUGAGUGAACUAUUGACUAUUUAUUGUAAUAUAGCAAUUAACUUAUUUAAAGUGUUCGAUUUAUUUAAUUAUUUUUAAUAAAUGUAUAAAAAAAUAA